AUGGAGUUCCAUAGCAAACGUGCGCGUCCCGCCGUCGGCACUAACACCGAGCAAACGCCAUUGAAACGUAGAGCUCUCAGUGUUGCCACAGCGUCUUCGUCUCCCCCACUGGCAUCUGGGAAUCGGUCAUCGGUGCCUCGCAGCUCGUUUUUGCUGACCAAGAAUCUUCCAUCCUCUCAGCGUAAGCGUUGUGAGCAUACUUCAUCUUCCAGUGACGAAGUCGACGUUGCCCUCACUGCUGCGCCUAACUCUGGUGCUAGUCUGUCCAAGAAACCAGCUGUUCACUUCAAAUCCUCACCUGCUGUGGAUUCCCUGCUUUUUGAAGCUGUGUCCAGAUACGCAGACACCGAUACUGAGCAACAACAACCUGAUGCUCGCAACACAAAAGCUGAGAACCAAGCACCGGCUCAACAAGGUGUUUUUGGGAGCUCCGAGGAUUCCGUGGCGGUCUCGCCACAAGCCAUUGAAAGCGGCUAUUCUCUUGAAAGACGCAAGUCUCUAUCGAGGCACGCCUCUUUUUCUUCCAUCACCCGUAAGCAGGUUGUACCCCACUCGGACUCGAUAGCUCAAGAGAGAUGUUUCGACUACCUUUUGCAGUCCAUUGAUGAAGUAUGGGCUCGCUACUGCAAUGAAACGUCCACUGCAGAAGUCAAGGUUUACGACAGUAUGUGCCAGCCCAAAGUCACAUAUCCAGAACCGCUCUCCCCCAUCACAACCGACACGUGCAAUUCGCGUAUUUUAGACUCGAAUUCGCCUCGUAUCGUUAGAACCCUGUCUCUCACUUCCAUUAACAACAAGAGUAAAAUAGCAAGUGCUUCUUCUUUUUCUGAUGUGGACAGUGAUGAUACGAGUGGUUACAAAUCUGAGGCUACCAAUCCCACGGAAUAUGAGACUGAUUGUGAUUAUCGGAAAAUUUCGAAUCUCCCGGACUCAGUACGUUUGCAGUCUUUGAAAGAUCGUUUGUGCAGAGCUAAGAAUGAUCUCGAAAGUGUGCACGAUUCCAAUAGUUUCGACGAUUGUGUUAAGUUUUGGAGACGUUGGGAUAUGAUAAAAUAUAGCGCAGUCGAGAUGAUGGAGGAAGAUGAUGAUGAUGAUAUCAUAGAGACUGUUAUUGAAGAACUGGAGAGAGGACGCUACUUCACGAACUGA